AUGCCACGCGAUCAGACAGGGGAGACGCGGGCGGCCCUGAAAUUCACGAAGAUCUGCCAGUACUGGCAGAAGAAAGGGAGAUGCCAUCUCGGUGACACGUGCACCUAUGCACAUUCCUGGUCCGACCUCCGCGAGCAGCCAAACUUGGCUGCGACGGCGCUUUGUACCAAGUUCAAGCGCAAGGGAUACUGCGCAAAGGGCGCUGCCUGCAGGUUUGCUCACGGUCAAUCUGAGCUCCGACGCUUACCUGACACGAGGGAGAUCUCCCACGUAGGCCUGCAGAAAGAGGAGACGAAGCCGAGCCCUGUCCUGUGGCACCACGAGACCAGGGCCCAGCCUAUAGCAUCGGCCCUUCUCGCUUCGAGCCCUGUGUUUGCUGCUAUACAACUGGACACAGCCCGUGACAGCCAUGCCCCAGCCUUGCCGCAGAACUCGCUGGACUUUGGCUCCAGUGUGGCUCCUUCGCCUGUGGGUCUUGACACAGAGCUGGUAGGGCAGAACGAGUUCCUCAUCGGACAGGCCUUGAUGCGGGAUCUCAUGCGUGACGGUCCCGAUCAGAAUUCUGCCCCUCGGAAUGGCCCCUCGGUCCCACGCGCCGGUGUGCCCGUGGCCCCGAGGUGCCACGAGAUGGCACAUCCAAGAGUCGUGAGCUACGUGGGGCAGCCUUUUGCACCGAUCUAA